CGUCAGUUGGGAUCGGAGCGACGAGCUGAGCGCUCCUCCACGUCCGCCACAUUCGCGAUACCCUGCCAGUACUCAUCUAACCAUUAUAAUUUGAUAGUUGUCUAGUUUUGGCCCUUCGUAAAAAGUUUAUCGACCCUACGCAUAGCAACCCUUACUCUUUUCAAUUCAAUCGCUCCCUCUAAUUACGAUCACCCCUUAACUUAGUCGAAAAGUAGUCCGGACGCUCUCGAACCUAAUUUUUUCUUUUUGAUUUAUUAUUAUUACGUUGCAUUUAUUUCUCGCUUUUGUCCGUAUAACUAAAGCUUUGAAACUGGGAAUAUUCGUCCAUUAAUGUAGUGUUUGAACUGUUGUCUCGAAAUAAAAGUGUUCAAUUAUUAAAUGUGAGUGACGAUCGUAAUUAAACAACGGUGCAUGGUUUCCUGAGGAGUUUUUGGCUGCGGAUGUGCACGCCGCUGCCGGCCUGGUUCGUGCCGGCUGGAAUGCCCGGUGCUCUUGACCUAACUAGGUACAAGAGCGGGGUGCGCUCAGUGAGGGGUGGCGGCGGGGGCGGCGAGGAGUCGCGUCGCGGCGGCCUCAAGGCACUGCCGAAGCGCGCCCGGACACGCUGCAGGGGUAUGAACAUGGGUCAAAAGCUAUCGGGCGGUGUGAAGUCGGUGUCGCGCGAGUGCACGGCGCCGUUCAAGGCGGUGGUUGCACGCGAGCUGGCACCAGAGCUGCCGAGACCUGCGCGUCUUGAUGCGCUCCUGGACGCGCCGCCAGCGCAUCACGACACGCAGCUCAAGCACGCCUGGAACCCAGAUGAUCGAUCGUUGAAUAUAUUCGUGAAGGAGGAGGACGCGUUGACGUUCCAUAGACAUCCCGUAGCCCAGUCGACGGAUUGCAUCCGUGGGCGCGUCGGGUACUCACGUGGGCUGCACUGCUGGGAGGUUGUAUGGCCGGCGAGGCAGAGGGGAACACACGCGGUCGUGGGCGUAGCGACCGCCCACGCGCCCUUACACUCCGUGGGCUAUCAGAGCCUCGUGGGCGCCACCGAUCAGAGUUGGGGCUGGGAUCUCGGCAGGAAUAAGGUAGUGUACCACAACGCUAAGGGUACAGGCAGUAGCGGCUGUACGUAUCCAGCGCUACUGCGACCAGAUGAACAGUUCCUCGUGCCGGACCGACUGCUGGUAGUUCUGGAUAUGGACGAGGGCACGUUGUCCUUCUGCGCCGAUGGAAGAUACCUCGGCGUGGCCUUCAGGGGACUUAGAGGGAAAACUCUAUACCCCAUAGUGUCCGCGGUUUGGGGCCACGCUGAGAUCACCAUGAAAUACAUCGGCGGACUUGAUCCCGAGCCGCUUCCCCUGAUGGAGUUGUGUCGUCGUGUGAUCCGCCAGCGCGUGGGUCGCGGCCGCCUCCGCUCGGCCGCGUCCCGCCUCGCCCUGCCGCCCGCCCUCUCCGCCUACCUUCUGUACCGCGCGCCCUAACCACGAUUACGAGCACACCGAACGUGUGCACGUGGACAGUGACGUGCCAACUGACAGUACGGACGUGUGCCGCGUGUUGCAACAUCGAUUGUAUAACUACCCUCCAUUUAGUGGAUUUGAAGAUGCGAACAUUGAAGAUCCGUUUGGUUUUCCAACUGUAAUAUCCAUGGCUAUUUUUUUGCAUCGUAAUUCGUAGCAAGUAUCCGGUUAUGACACAACAUAAACACACCACGUUCAGUCGAUUACCAUAUAGGUGUACUGUGUGUGUGACGACCCGUGACCGCACUUAUAUCACAAUACUAUGAAAAAUGUGUCAAGUAAAGAUUACCGCGUCGUAACAAAACAACGCCGAUCGAGUAUUUUAAAAAAAUAAUUAUAUUAACGAAUCAUUCGGACGAUUUUAUUUGACAUAUUUUGAUUUAUUCCGUUGUGAAUAUUUUAAUUUUUACACUAUCUGUGAUAAUUAUAUUUUUAAAGAAAUCACCAUUUUUAUCACACCCCAUAUUAUUGAAAUGCAUCAGGUAAUUUUAAUGUAACGUCUUCGUAGGAUAGGGUCGCGAGACCGUAUGUGUUGUCAUGGUCGUGCGGACAGUGAGGCAGUGGUCGGUUGCCGCAUGUCCGUGUACCGACUAGAUGUACUAUGAUCUGUGAGUGAGCUGUGGCAGGAUAUCACCCGAAUUUGUGUUUUAAAUAUAGAUCAGCUGUAAUGCAAGCCGCGUAACGCAUCGUGAUCUCUUAAAGUCGUAUUGUACUCGGUAAGAAAUAUUUUAGAACUAUCGACAGCGACAUAACUCACUAGCCUCGGCAUUUUUUUUUUUAAUUAAUGACUAAUGUUAUGAUCAUUGUUUUAGAGACAAUUCGCAUGCGAGUGGAAUCUCGUGUACUAGGCCAGUGUAUCGUUGGCAAUCUUACAUACUAUACUAUUAUAUAGCUCGUUUAAGUGACUGGUUUAUUUUUUAGUUUAGGAUUUUUAAUUCCUAUUUGUAAAAACGUGUGAUUGUGUGAUGUAUAUAUCCGUGACGGGCGUUUCUUAACGUCGAUGCGAGUCGCUGAGAGGUGUUCCUUUAAUGAUAUCAUUGAAUGUUUAGACUAUUAAGGUUUUAGACGGCCUUUUCCAAUCUUAAUCUAAUAUUUGUCUUCAUUUUGUGACGUUAGAUUAUUAGGUGUAACGCAAUAAAUAAAUUAUGAUAAUAAUGUAUCGAGAGCACCGUUUUUCUAAUGAAUACGUCAGCCAUUUUUAACGCAAAUUAGUUGUAUUCGAAAACGUGUAAACUAUAAGAACUUCCAUUUCAAUAAGAUUAUUUUUUUUCAUACGUAGUGUUAUAUUUGUAGACGUUGUGUGAGCUGACUAUGUACUAACGAUAUUCACAUAUCAUCUCCGGCUCUGUCGCACGCUCGGUCGGCCGACGGCAGACGGCGUCUCGUUUGAGUUUUAUGUGAAUAUCGAGUCGUGUGAUGUAACUAUGAUAAACUGCCAAAUGCAACAUGUUAGUGUGAAUUGUUCUGGUGAGCGUGAUGCGUGCGAGCGUGGACGGGACGAGUGGCUGGAUACGAUAAUCACGAUAACAUAAAAUACACCAACCUGGAUUCGCUGUUGGCGGAGUCCUUUAGGAUAAGCCCCGUUUAUACAUUAAAUGUCUCAAUGUAUUAUUUGAUAUCCACAAAGUAACGUUAAUUUAUUCAUAUAUAUUAACAAUCGAGGGCUCGUUCGGAAGGAGCAGCUUUUUAGGAAAUAUCCAAUUUUAUGUUCUAAAUGACAAUUUUAGUCUCCUGUAUAUAAAAGUAAGAUUUUUGCGGCGUAUUAUGACUAUAUAUAGUAAGUGGAAAUGCAUUUUAGUUUUAUAAGUAGUAGGCAAUAUUUUUAAAAAGUUAUUUCUAACAGACAACUGCAUUAACGGCGGAAUCUCUUAGACACAAUGAUUAAAAAAAAAUAGGAAACGAUUGGAAUAAAUAUACUGGUUAAGAAAAUAAUAAACGACAUGAAAUAA